AUGAAAAGUCCAGACGCGCCGCCGAGUCGAAUAAGGGUUGUUGCGGAAGAAUCGGAAAUGCCGACAACGAUAUUGCCACCAGCACAGAUUGAAGAUAAUCAAAAUGCAGCUGCAGUUAGUAGUCCUCCCCUCCCAGCACUUAUUAAAAGGGUAGAAAAUGAAUUAACGGAUAAUCCAUUUCGUCCGGAAGAAUCUCUGUUUCAUGAAGUUGAUCCGAUCGUGGAAGCAUACAAGAAAAAACCUUAUCCACCGUCAUUACCUGGUUCGCAGAACACAACACCUGUGAAAGGCGCUAAUCAAGCAUAUUUAAACGGCAUUUCGCCGUCAUCGUUAGUAGCGGAUAAAGAAAUGGAGCCUCAAGUGACGGGCACAACACCACUGAUGAAUAGUAGUGAUCGGGUUGGUAUGGAAGAUGGUAUGGCUGAUUUGCCAAAAGCUCGACAAGUGGAAUGUGUACGCAUCGAAAAAAAGAAGUGCGGUUGUUGUAACCUACAGUAG